ACACACGCAGGAAUAUCACAGAAGGACAUCUAAUGUUAUCCCCGGAUUGUGACAUAAAAGAUAAUGACAGUAGACAGGAUUCUCCAGGAGAUAACCCCAUUACCCCAAUUAUACAUCCAGCUCUAUCAGCUGGUCCCUCUGAUCCUGGGAAAUGUUCUCCUGAUCACUCUGAUAUUGGUGCAUCUGUUACAUCUCUGAGAGUAGAUACAGUGUUUCCCUGUUCUACAGAUGCCAAAUGUUUUACACAGAACACACAGCUUAUUACCAGUCAGACAGGUAAGGCAGGGGAGAGGCCAUUUCCAUGUUCUGAGUGUGAGAAAUGUUUUACACGGAAAUCAAAUCUUGUUACACAUCAGAGAAGUCACACAGGUGACAAGCCACUGAUAUGUUCUGAUUGUGGGAAAAGUUUUACAUUCAAAUCACUUCUUGUAGUACAUAAGAGAAUACAUACAGGUGAGAAACCAUAUUCCUGUUCUGAGUGUGGGAAAUGUUUUACAUACAAAACAACUCUUGAUGCACAUCAGAGAAGUCACACAGGUACAUCACCAUUUCCAUGUUCUGAGUGUGGGAAAUGUUUUACACAGAAAUCGCAUCUUAUUAUACAUCAGAGAAGUCACACAGGUGAGAAGCCAUUUCCAUGUUCUGAGUGUGGGAAAUGUUUUGCACGCAAAUCAGAUCUUGUUAUACAUCAGAGAACUCACACAGGUGAGAAGCCAUUUUCUUGCUCUGAGUGUGGGAAAUAUUUUGCACAGAAAUCACAACUUGCAAGACAUCAGCGAAGUCACACAGGUGAGAAGCCAUUUCCAUGUUCUGAGUGUGGGAAAUGUUUUACACAAAAAUCACAACUUGUUGCACAUCAACGAAGUCACACAGGUGAGAAUCCAUUUCCAUGUUCUGAGUGCGGAAAAUGUUUUUCCUGGAAAUCACAACUUGUUACACAUCAGCGAAGUCACACAGGUGAGAAGCCAUUUACAUGUUCUGAGUGUGGGAAAUGUUUUGCACACAAAUCAGAUUUUGUUAGACAUAACAGAAGUCACACAGGUGAGAAUCUAUUUUCUUGCUCUGAGUGCGGGAAAUGUUUUAUCCGGAAAUCACAACUUGUUAGACAUCAGAGAAGUCACACAGGUGAGAAGCCAUUUCCAUACUCAGAAAUAAAUUAGCUCUUGCACACAAUAGACAUCACUCAGGUGAGGAACCAUUUUAUUCUGGAGUAUACUUAUCAUUGCCAUGUAAUGUUCCGCAAGGUUCAUAUCCUAUCUCCUGUGCUUUUUGCAAUAUACAUGCUACCGCAGGGUGAAAUAAUCAGAUGUCAUGUCCUUAUCUACCACUGUUAUACAGAUGACCUGUCUUUUUCUCCGGGUACUGAGAACCCAAUACCAAUCCUAAAUGUCUAGCUGAGCUCCAGGUGUGGGUGAUGCCAGUUGGCUGUGACUCAGUACUGGUGAAACAGGUCCUUAUGAUAGAAGCUCACCAACAAAGGACAGGGCUACAGCUCCGCUUUACCUACCAACCAGACUUACGCUUGUGGGUUCAGAGUUACAAAAUGCGGAUCAUGUGCGGAAUCUUGAUGUCCUGGAUGGUGGAGUGACACUUAGACAUCAGUAUCAGCCACAAUCAUAUCCCCAUCUGAGGAACAUAGCCAGAUUCCAGCACUUAUUUCCCUCAGAUCUACCUACAGUCAUACAUGCACUUGUAUCAUCACACAUAGACUACUGCAAUGUCCUCUACCUGGGUCUCCUAGCAAAAGAAUUGCAGAGCUUAUAGCUUGUACAGAAUGCAGCAGCCAGGCUGUUACCUAACCAGCCCGUUCCUGCCACAUAACACCCAUUCUCUGCUCCCUUCACCGACUGCCUGUAAGAUUGUGACUCUAUUACAUAAUCUGACUCUCCCAGCCCUACAUGACCAGGGUCCAUGGUACCAGAAGCAACUUCUGUGUCCUUACUGCCCUGGUUACUUCCAUCUGAAGAUGAAGGACUGUUACCAGCAGUACCAAGAAUCCCCAAGCAGGGCUGAGAUGUCAGGGAGGAAACAGGGCAGUGGCAGCAGUG